AUGGCGGACGGGGUGGUUCAAGCGCUGCCCGCUGCUGUGCGCCAGCUGAGGGCCGCGGGCAUCCCUGAGCAGGAGGCGGUGGACUCUGCCACAGUGGCGGCGCCGCGCCGCAGUGGCUCUGCCACCGAGACGGCGCUCGCGAGGGGGUCCGCGUGCGGGCGGGGAUCGGAGGCGCGCGCGCUGCCCGACGGGGCGACCGCGGAUUGUGCAGGAACGCGCAGGGGCGUCAUGCCCGCGAGCUGCUCCCUCGCCGCGCGCCGCGGUGGACUCUGCCACAGUGGCGUGGAGGUGUUUGAAGGGGCUUACGGCACCGUUUGCGCCCAUCAGCCGCUGAGCACCAGCGCUCGGUACUUGGUUUGCAUGGCCUUCCCAGACUCUGUCAGCGAGAUCGCGGAGCGCUAUGGCCUGAUUGUAAGCGGGCUUAACGGUGUCUCCGCGCCCACGCAUGUCCAGGCAGCUCGCGGCCCGAGCGGCAGGGUCAGGAGCGCCGUGACGAAGAUGGAGCUGUCGCACUGCGAACUCCAGGGGGAUGGAGUUAAAGAGGCUCGUCGCCAUGGCGACGGGGAGCUCGAGGGCGAGGCGUUCGACGUCGUGAGGCCCCUCGACGAGGCGCAGCGGCAGCUGCAGCUGGGCCUCGAGGCCCGGGCGCAGGCCGAGAGCGCGAUGCUGGAGUCGGCCACGUGGCGCCUGCGGCGGCAGCAGUCCGGGCGCACGCCGCUGCACGACGCGGCGGAGCGGGGCGACGCGUCGGCGUGCGGCGAGCUGCUCGCGGACCCGAGGUGGGACGCGAACGCCAGGGACAUCCACGGCUGCAUCGCCCUCCACUACGCGGCCGAGGCGCCGCCAGGGAGGCUCCUGCGUGCCCUGCGGGAGAACUCCGAGGCGGGCGUGCGGGCCGCCCUGGCGGAGGACCCCCACGCCGCCAAGGAGCCCUUCAUGGACCACGGCUUCGAGCCGCCCCUCUGCGCGGCCGUCCGCCUUGGGUGCCGCGCGGGCGUCGUGCGGCUGCUGGCCGCCGCCGGCGCGGACGCCCGCGCGCGCGACACCCGGGGCCGCUCGCCGCUGGAGCUGCUCAGCUCCGGGGCGGCGCCGCAGGCCAUGUUCGGUCCUCCUCUGGACGAGGUGCCCCCCUUGGCCGGCCUGGGCGACUGGGCGCAGUGGGUGCGCGACCACGAGGAGGGCGUGGCGGCGGCCCUGCUGGAGGUGGGCGCGGAGCCGAGCGGCAGCGGCGAGGGGAGGGCCACAGGCUGCCGCUCCGCCAUGCAGCUUGCGCGGAGCGAGGGGAAAGAGCACCUGAUUGCCCUGUUUUGCGACAGCAGCCGCGGGGCGCCGCCCGGACGCGUCUCCGGCCUCCCAGCGCCUGCGACUUGA